CCCGGCCCCGGCCCCGUGGCGCCGCAGCAUGGCUGCCCGGCUGCUGCUGCGGGCGCUGCGGCCGCUGCUGCCCGGCCCGGCCCGCGGCUACGCCAAGAAGCCUGCUCUGAAGUCCAAGGGCAAGAGCGUGGCAAAGGAGGCACUGAAGGGGCCAGAGGUGUGCACAGACCCUGCCAUGCUCACCACCUAUGCCAUGGGAGUCAAUUACUUCAAGGAGGGCCCAGAGGUGGCUCUGAAGCCUGACUCCGAGUACCCUGACUGGCUCUUUAAGAUCCACCUUGGGCCCCCUAAGAAGCUGGAGGAGCUGGACCCUGACUCAAUCGAGUAUUGGAGGCGCCUGCGGAAGUACAACACAUGGCACCGCAACAGGCUGAAGAAGGGCAAGAAGCUGUAGGCACUGCAGAGCCUGGGGCACGGGGGCUGCCCUGUGUGCCAGUAUGGGUGGUGCUGGGCCCAGCUCCUGCUUUUGAUCUCUUCUUUCUGUGAACAAAUAAAUCUCUG